AUGGCUAACGACGGUUUGGAAAAAAUUUCUGAAAUUCCUCUCGAAUUUAUCAAAGAAGGAAACACAUUUAUCAACAGAUGCACGAAACCUGAUGCUGCUGAAUUUUUAAAGAUUGUCCGUGCUGUUGGUGUUGGUUUCAUUGUCAUGGGAGCUAUUGGCUACCUUGUCAAGCUGAUCCAUAUCCCUAUCCGACAUUUAAUUACUGUUUAA